AUGACGGGACCUCCUGAUGCGAGAAGACAAGAUAAACGGUGUGAGUAUCAUAAAGACCAUGGUCACGACACUGAUAGUUGUUAUGCAUUAAAAGAUCAUCUUGAAGAAUUGGUGCAAGACGGCCGUCUCACGCAACAUGUCCGAAAGAACAAUUCAACAAACACAGUAGCUCUACGACCAGAGUCACCUCCUCUUGGUGUAAUUCAUAUGAUAUACAGCAUGCCGACGUCACCCGAGGUGCAUACAGUCCAGUUGCCAUCUAGCCCCCAUAGCCCAAUAACGCCAGCGAAACGGCCCUACGACACUGGAAGGAUCAGUUUCGAUGACAGUGAUUUAAUUGGAGUGACGCACCCCCACAUUGAUCCCCUCAUCAUCGAACUACACGUAAACAGAUUCACCAUUGAGCGUGUUCUCAUUGACCAAGGCAGCACUUCAGAAAUAAUGUAUUACAAAACUUUCAUCAAACUUGGUUUUACCGACUUGGACCUGUCUCCGACUGAUUACCCGUUAUUCGGCUUCAAUGUUAACUCGGAGUAUCCUUUGGGCAAAAUUACUUUACCAGUACGGGCCGACACCAAAUCAGUAGACGUAGAAUUUCUAGUUGUCACGCUUCUUUCGCCGUAUAAUCUCAUCAUGAGCAGAACUUGGUUAUAUACGAUGCAACCCGUGCCAAGCACCUACCACCAACUACUUCGUUUUCUGACUAAAUACAGUAUCGAACAAAUUCGCGGCUCUCAGAAAUCGGCGCAGGCAUGCUAUCUUCUAGCUACAAAGAGACCAAGAGAACUGGAAGUGCAUUCGAUUGAGGUACUGGAUAGAGAGAGCCUCGAAGACAUUGGGAGGAUCCCAAGUGAAAAGGUAACUGAAGCCUUGCAUCGGGUCGAAAUUGACAGAAGUCCUGACAAGUUCUUCAUGAUCGACGCUUUCUUGGAUAAAGUUGAAAGAUAG